CAGCAUCAGCGAAGCUACGGGGCCACAAAUCAAGCAUCCACGGCCCGGACCCCCUCAGACCUCGCGACGGUCCUUCCUGCCCUCAAGCUCUGAAUGUCGCAACGUAGGGACGAGAACGCGCGAUCGAAAAAACAGCGCAGUAGAAAAUGUCGAAAAGACAGCCGGUGGUUCGUAUAUCGCUUCCCGUGGACCGGGCGGAGAAGGAAGAAGGGCAGGGAGAGGGUGGUCUGGCGCCGUCUUGCAGCGGUGCUUCCGGUUCGAGGAUGGGCCCCGGGCCCGAUUCCGGCAGCAGCGCUCCGUCUUCGGUUCCCCAGUCACUGGCUACUUCAAGAGACGACGAGGACGACGAGGACGAUGAGAGCAGUGGUAGGCGGUCCAAUGGCCACGGAGGAUCGAGAUCAUCGGAGAUCUAUCGUCAACGACACAGUAUUUCGAGCCACCGACGAGCCUUCGCGACUAAGGCAGCUGGUGCAGGAGUAGCCGCUACCUCGACGACCUCGGAAUCGAUGGAGAGCUACGUCGUCGACGCCGAGAUUCCCGCAGCAGCCAGGAGGCCCCGUAGCACGAGGGGUUCGCAAAAAUGGAGUAACGUACGCGCGGUCAUGGCGUUAUAUUCCUCUCUACGCAAAAUUAAGAGAACGAAGAGCAAUCAACGGUGGAUGAAACUACGAACGACGGUGCAGCUGUCCUCGGCGAUCUCGACGAUCCAGAAGAAACCGCCGCUAAAACGUGAGGAUUCGUUUCUAAAACGAUUCUCCACCAGGCAGAUACCGGAGAGCCAGGAGACUCUGGACACCGGCGAGGGCGAGGGGGACGCGAACGACGACAGAGAGGCGGGUCGACGUCGCAGACGACCCCGUAGACCUCAGAAACCGCCCAAGACCGUGGUCAACCCCGACGAAAACUUCUACUACUACUGGCUGAUGCUAUUGUCGGCCUGCGUCCUCUACAACCUCUGGACGUUGAUCGUCCGUCAGAGCUUGCCCGAGUUGCAGGCGUUGGCACCUGCCGCCUGGCUCGCCUGCGACGGCUUCACCGACCUCGUGUUCUUCUCGGACGUGGUGGUGCAGUUUCGGACCGGUUACCUCGAGCAGGGCUUGAUGGUCUACAAUAGCAAAAAACUAGCCGGUCACUACCUCAAGUCCAAGUCCUUCAUUCUCGAUCUGCUGGCGCUCCUGCCGCUCGACGUCCUGCAGUUUAAUCUCGGCAGCAACCCGAUGCUGAGGUUCCCCAGGUUCCUGAAGAUCUACCGAGUGUACAAUUACUACUACAUGGUGGAGUCGCGCACGGUUUAUCCGAAUCUCUGGCGCGUGCUGAAUCUCAUUCACAUACUGCUCAUCCUGGCGCACUGGUUUGGCUGCUUUUACUACCUACUAAGCGAGGCCGAGAGAUUCCAAGGUGACUGGGUGUAUCCUCACCGGCCCGGCGAGUAUGCCACCCUGACCAGGAAGUACCUCGGAUCCCUCUACUGGUCCACCCUGACGCUGACCACCAUCGGUGACCUGCCCACGCCGGAGACCAACGCCGAAGUAGCGGGCGGCAAUCCCCGGAGCCUCGCUCGUCGCGGCCGACUGUCCCGGCUUCUGCAGUUCAAGCAUAACGGAGGGUACGUCUUCACGAUAGUCAGCUACUUGAUCGGCGUCUUCAUAUUCGCGACCAUCGUCGGCCAGGUUGGCAACGUCAUCACCAACAGAAAUGCGAACCGCCUCGAAUUCGAGAGGCUCUUGGACGGUGCCAAGACUUACAUGCGGCAUCACAAGGUGCCGGGAGGUAUGAAACGCCGGGUGCUCAGGUGGUACGACUACAGCUGGUCACGCGGCAGGAUACAGGGCGGCGGUGACAUCAACACCGCUCUGGGUUUGCUCCCGGACAAGCUCAAGACCGAGCUGGCGUUGCACGUGAAUCUCUCGGUGCUGAAGAAGGUCACCAUCUUUCAGGAGUGUCAGCCGGAAUUUCUGCACGAUCUCGUCUUGAAAAUGAAAGCCUAUAUUUUCACCCCCGGUGAUUCGAUAUGUCGGAAGGGCGAGGUCGCCCGCGAGAUGUUCAUAAUAGCCGACGGUAUUCUGGAGGUGAUCAGCGAAACUGGCAGAGUCCUAACGACAAUGAAGGCAGGGGACUUUUUCGGCGAGAUUGGCAUACUCAAUCUGGACGGAUUGAAUAAACGCACAGCCGAUGUUCGUUCGGUGGGUUAUUCCGAGCUAUUCAGCCUUUCACGAGAGGACGUGCUGGCAGCAAUGAAGGAUUAUCCGGAAGCGCAGGAAAUUCUUCAGAAUCUCGGUCGAAAGCGGUUGAUGGAGGCGCAGAGAGUAGCGCGAGCAUGGUCGCGUCGACCUACGUCUCCGGGGCAUGAUUCGUCCGAUAAUAGCACCGGUAAAAGGAUUGUUGACAAACUGAAGAGUGACGUGAAAGGCCUGAAGAAUGUCCUGAGGAAGAGUAGGCGCAAUACACGACCGGAAGAGAGCUUGGAGCUACAGCCAUUGGCACCGAAAGUUCCAGCUUUAAGGAGACAGCAAAAGAUCGAUGAGAGUCAGGACCUGACUCUGCCUAACAGCCAGGAGACACCGGCGGCGGUGUCCCCAUUGGGAGCCGGCUUACCAUUACUGUCGAGACUCAGGUUGUUGAAGGAGAAGGAGGAGAGGGAGGAACGACGCAACUUGAUGGAUACGCCGAGCCACGUGACCGAGCCUCAAGCACCGCCACCGUCGGAGGCCUUGAACCCCACUAAUCCGAAUUUACCAUUCCUGCAAAGGAUACUCUUAUUGAAGGCAAAAAACGAGCAGGAAGCGGCCCAAACGGAGAAAGAAGUGCCCAUCAACAAGGAACACCUGCUGCCCAAGAAAGAAAUGCCCAUCAACAAGGAACACCUGCUGCCCAACAACGCUAUUCCUGAAGAGACGAGCACGCAGUCCGACGAACAGCCAUCUUCGGAUCAAAGCGGCAUCGCGACUAUCGCGGCCACCGCGACUUCGCAAGUCGAGACAACCUACGCGGCCAAAAAAUCUUGGGUCGCUCUGAAGAAGGCGUCGUUGAUGACCAAGGAAAAUUCAUCGCAAAAAAGCCCACCGGCCAGAAAACUACAGCAGACCAAAAUGUAUGCCUCUGUUGACGAUUUAUCACCAGAGUAUUGUGGCCUACCGUUCGUCAAGAAGCUCAAAAUUCUCAACGAGAGGCAAAAACUGGCCGAGUUGGAAAAGGCGGUCAGAAGCUCAUCCCUCGACUGUGGCGAGAAUACCGAGUCAGAGUUUGACAGCAACCUCACGAGGAGUCACUCAGAAGCCUGUGCCAUCGAAUACGCCAGAAAGCUAGCCAAAUAUAAUCAAGCUCGACAAGCGUCAGUAUCAUCGGUGGAGCAACUGUCGCCGGAAAACGAGACGCUUGAAAGGCGGAAUUUGAAGAGUAUCCUAAAGAAAUUAUCGGCCAGCAGUAGUAGGGCAAGCAGCAGUGAGACCUCGGCUACUAGCACACCGGACAGACAAGCGGCGACUGCCGAGUUGAAAAAAUUGAUGAGAGCACCGACGAUCGAGGGUUAUGCCGCGCGACACUCAAAGUUGUCGAAGAGCGUAACUUUUAAUAAAUACACGCUGCAAAGUCCGCCAUCCGAACAGCCUCUGCAACCACCGUCGUCGAAUUCCGGGUCCCAGGAUCAGCCGUCACUGUCGCCGCCCAAUAAACUCACAAUCAGUUUCCGUCCUGUAGGCAGUGCCGGUAUCCUGCAAACGGUAUCCCGACCACGGGAGGAAGAGUGCCUGGGCGAAUUACUCUCUGGAGUCGGCGAGGUCAUCAAGGCAGGCCUGGAGGACAUGCAGAGCAAAUUCGUACGACAGUUUACAUCGCUGGAGUCGGAAGUUCGCAAACGCGACGAGAUAAUAUCGCAAUUGCAGUCGCGGAUCCAACAACUCGAGCGAAAGAGGAGGAGGUCUCACGACGACGACUCCGGCGGGGACAGCACCGAGCACGACGCUUCCAUGGAGGAGGAUCUCGAUGAGGAUUGCGAGGACCACCCCUUCAUGCGUGACAGUUCCGUAGACACCGUCCUGACCGCGCGAUUGCGCGAUCGACGCUCAUCGGUGGGCUCGAGCUCACGCAGCAGGCGAUCAUGGGAAGAGCAUUCGGAGAGGGAGACCCUGGAACUGCAGGAGCUGCCGAAUUCGAUAAUGCCGCAAAGAUUAUCGCGGGAGGACGUGGCGAUCGAUUUGGAAUCGAACAGCGACAGUAGAUCGGACGAGGAGUUCGAUGUUUCCGUGCGUCACAAGGGCGACAGUGACGAAGGCGACGAAGAGAACGAGGAGGAAGAGGAGGAAGAAGACGACGAGGACGAUGAUGAUGACAAAAUCACGCGGCAGGAUGGCUACAACAAUUGGGAGGUCGCCCUACUGGCUAAGCAGCUCGAGGCGAGGAGAAGAAGCGGCGAUAAUGCCAGCCCGGGUUCCUAGCGCAUUAAUGAGAUUCUAGAAAUACUGUGUUACCUCACAAACACAAUACGCUCCGACGGAUGGUGCAACCCGCUUGCUGGGUCCGACGGUAGUGCAGCUUUUUGCGAACACACUCAUCGCUCGUACUCACAAUUAGAUUUCAAUAAUAUGACUAGCUGCAGCGAAACUAUGAUGUAGUCUGAUUAACAAAGCGUCGUUAAGAAAACUUCUUUUUUAAAAAAAAGAUCUGUUUUUUUCUUUUUAAUUUUCUGUUUUUUUCUUUUUUCUUUUUAAUUUUUCUUCAGUAUCGGGGGCGAUCUACUUUGCAGAAUCGGCAGACUUGUACAUUUCCUUUCCGUACGACGCUGAUAUUCUCCCGCGUGUGAAAGUAAUGACUUUUUUUAUACCUUUUCAUUUUUUAUUUUUUUAUUCAUUUUUUAUUUUUUAUUUGUUUUGCAUUAUAUAUAGAUUUAUCACUGACAUAAUAAGUUUUCGAAUUGUUUCGAUUUCUUUUAAAUUUCGAUUUAUUGUAAAUAUUCACAGGUGUGCCUGAGGAAAUAUUAUACUUGGCAUAUUCACAAGUUAUAUAUAAAUAUCGUAAUUUAAUGUACAAGAGUACCUCAAAGUAGUUAUGUAUUAACGCAGCAAGGUUGCAAUACAGGGAGUUUCUUAAAUACGAAUUUAAAAAUUAUCUGGGGCAAAAAUCGAAACUUUAGCUAUAACAUCAACAACCAGUAUAUAUCAUUAUAUCGCGCCAUUCAUAAGAGAUAUUUGUAUCAUCCUGCCAAUUUGUUGGCGAUAUUCUCUUUUUUUCCCCUGAUUUUAUUCUCAAUCAUAUUUCUAAAAAGCUGCACCACGAGCGAACGGAGAUGUUAGUCAGUUGUACGAAGCGAGGAGGAAUAAAUAAUUUUAGAAAAGAAACAGAAAGAAAGAAAAGAAAGAAAGAGAUAAAUAUAAUUUAAAGCGAGGAAAAACUUAAUGAGAAUAUAUUACGUAUACUGACCAGACCAAGCUCAAUAUUUCUAGAGUCUUUACAAGAUACGUCUAUUAAGCAACAAAUGACUAUUAAAGUAAGGAAAGAGAGAAUUAUUAAAAAAUCUUGUACAUAUUUAGUCGAUAAUUUAUUUAUCUAUGAGUGAAAGAAAAAAAGAGAGCGAAUGUAUGAAGGUAGAAUUACUGAGAAAAGAAAUAGGAGAUAUGAAUAUAAAAGUUAACACGAGAAAAAUGAAUUUUGCUGGAUUACGAGGAGAAGCAUUUUAGAUGCUGAUAUGUACCUACUAUGUGCGGAAGAAAGGAACAUACAAUAAAGCAAAUGUUUUCAAA